CCACCCAAUUCCCCUCUUCAGAACAAAAGAUGCGAAGAUUCUUGAAUUGCAACCUGCCUUUCGAGUUAUAAGAUGCGGAGUCACGAUGCGUUCAAAAGUGCGCAUCUAUUGACGAUUCAUCGUGAAUAAUUUGCAGAGAUGUACGAGGAUAAACUGUAAUCGUGGUGAAGAAGAAGAAGUGGAUCGAACAUGAGGGAGUCAAGGUUGAUUCUUUGGUCUGCUUUGGCGACGUUCUUCGUGCUGUUUGGUCGCCUUCAUUUUGCUGCAGGAUGCCAGUUCUUUCCAAUAGGGGAGUACUUGAAAUUCGUCAGGGUGCCGGAAAAUCUUCCAAGAGGCACAGAGAUCUUAUCGUUGGAAGCUCACCCGAGAAGUCAUAUCUCAAUAAUGCCAGUGGACAAAGAUGAAGACGCCCGUUUCUUCGCCUACAAGGAGACAAACAAGACGCACGUCUCUCUGAUGCUGGCUCAGUCCCUCGAGGACCUGGUUGACACGGAGGUGCCUAGAAAUCUGCUCAAGUUCCGCGUGGUCUGCGAUUAUUCAGAUGGCGGCGAUUCUCUGGUUACGUCGCACCUGUCAGUGACGGUCUACGUGGAGGACAUAAACGAUCAUGCCCCGCAAUUUGUCGAUGCGCCUUAUCACGUAACCGUGGAUGAGCUUACUCCAGUCGGCGUGACGAUAUUUCGCGGGAUCCAUGCAGUGGACGGAGACAAACCGAACACGCCGAACAGCGACGUGCAUUAUGCGAUAGUGAAAGGCAACGAGGAAGGCAAAUUUUCACUCGAAUCCGGCCACAGAACCGCUCUCAUACUCCGUAAACCGGUGGACUACGACAACGGCGACCGCGAGUUCACGUUGGUCAUCGCGGCCACGGAUCGUGGAGCGCCGGCCAGAACCACCAACACAACCGUGAAGAUAACGAUAUUGGAUAACGAUGAUCUUGAUCCGAAAUUCACCAGAGACGUGUACAAAGCGAAGAUUUACGAGUUCUAUCCGAUGCCAGAACACCCGAUCUUCGCCCGAAUCAACUUCUCCACGCCGAUCCAAGCGACCGACAGCGACCGCGACAUCGACACGCCCGUCCGCUACGACAUCACGUCGGGGAACGAGCGAGGUUUCUUCCAGCUGGACCCGAAAAACGGCACCCUGUACCUGAAACGUGCCAUCGACCUGGACGCUGAGCGAAACUUGCCCUCGAACACGUUCACCCUGCAAAUCCACGCUUCCCAAGUGGACAACCCCCUUAGAUCGGGCGUGGCUAGAGCAGAGAUCGAGGUCCUCGAUCUGAACGACAACCUGCCCGAGUUCGAGGUGGACCUGUACAACAUCAGCAUCGUGGAGAAUCUGCCGAACGGGUUCAGCGUGCUCCAGGUGAUGGCUCGCGACAGGGAUCAGAGGGAGAACGGGCAGUUCGACUACGAGCUGGUGGACCCGUCGGGCGCGUUCUCGGUGGACGCGAGAUCCGGCUGCUCGGUGGACGUCGACGUGACGUUGCUCGACGCCAACGACAACAACCCGAUCUUCGUGCCUGGAAAUCUGUACGAGUUGGUCGCGAGGAGCGACUCGAAGGUGGGCACCGUGCUCGGCCAGGUGCACGCGGUGGACGACGACCUGGGCCCGAACGGGAUGGUCAGGUACAGGUUGCAGAAGCCGGGCAAUUCGAGCUCGAGGACGCCUCCGUUCACGGUGGACGAGGCCACGGGCACGAUCUCGGUGUCCGAGAGCCCGAUUCUCGAGGGGAGGCACGCCAUCUUCGUCGAGGCUGCCGAUCAACCGGCCAACCCCAGCGAGAGGAGGCUCUCCCUCGCUGUGGUCACCGUGGAUGUCUUCAGAUCGGAUGGGCCGGAGUCGUUGGAGCCGGAUUUCGUGGGCGCCCCUUACGAAUUUUGGGUGGGUGCCAACGUGCCGGUCGGAACCAGCGUCGGCCAAAUACGCUUGAACGACGCCGUGAAGACCAACGACCUGAUCUACGACCUCUUGCACAGCUACGAGGAAGGUGUGCCGUUCGCGGUGGAGGAACGCUCGGGUACGAUCACGGUGGUCGAGGAAAUCGAAAGAUUCGACCGAUCGAUCUACGAUUUCGAGGCAAUAGUUACCGACGAACGGGACCUGAUGCUGAUCACCAACGUGUCCAUCCACGUGGUCGAUCCUAAUGACGACCGAGGCAUAUUCACCAGGGGAACGACCACCGCCCCACUGGUGUUCCACGCGAGAGAGAACNNGGCUGGCGCAUACAUCGGCCAAAUACUUCCGCAGAAUGGAACUGGCUCGGCCACGCCAGCCACUCGCUUCUUUAUCGUCAAUCAGCAGGAUGUGCCCGACAUCUCGAUCACGGAGGAUGGCGCCCUGUACGCGCCCAAGGGCCUCGAUCGUGAGACCAGGCAGAAUUACAGCAUCACAGUGAUUGCGGAGAGCCCGCGAGGCGUCGGCGUUUUCCAAGUAAGCGUGAUCGUUCUUGACGAAAACGAUCAUGCGCCAGAAUUCACGUCCCCGUUAUACGAAGGGCGAAUCAUGGAGAACAGUCCACCCGGAACGAAAGUGAACUUAUCGACUCCCAUUACGGCUACCGACAAAGACGAGGGUAUCAAUCAAAACUUUGUCUUUUCUCUUCACGGCGAGGGAAGCGAGUUGUUUAGAAUCCAUCCAACCACGGGUUUAGUGUACUUCGAAGGAAUCGAUGAUCGUACAUUGGACAGAGAGGCGAAAGCAAACUAUAGUUUCACCAUCGUUGCUAAAGACAAUGGCGGUCUAACCUCCGAGGCGAGUCUGAGGAUAACGGUGACCGACGUGAACGACAAUUCUCCCGUUUUUAUCCGUAUGAUCGUGCUCCCGGAGCAGGGUGUUCGCGUCUCGAACGAGGCCGAUACCGAGGCGUCGUUCGAAGGGAACGACGUGCCCGAUACGGACGACACUGGGACAGGAAAUCAAGCAUCGAGCGCCCGUCGUUCGCCCCUUCUUCUCGUUCCGGAAAACGCGACGAUCGGGGCGCCGAUAAUACGGCUCCUCGCCGAGGACAAGGACGAGGGAACAAACGCGGCGAUAACGUACAGCCUGGGGAACGAGACGGUUUCCGGUGACGACGUUGAAUCACGACUCGAGGCCACCAAUCGUAGAUACUUCCAUCUGGAUCCAAGGUCGGCCGAGAUAUCGGUGGCCAGGGGGCUCACCGCCGAAACCAACGUGCGUUUCCUAGCCCUGGCCAAAGAUCCCGGGGGAUUGUUGGACAAUAUUACCAUCCGGAUCCACGUGGUCGACGUGAACGAUCAUCCCCCUAGCUUCGACAAAUCCUGGUACACGUUCGACGUAGCCGAGGGCACCUACGCCGGAUACACGUUGGGCACCGUUCGAGCAAUGGACGCGGAUCACGGAGGGAACGCGAACGUCACUUACGAGUUGACGACGAAGGAAAAUUCGACCAGUUUUGGAAACGUGUCCAGGAUCUUCGAGAUCGGCCCUAGGGAGGGAAUAAUCAGAGUGACUGGUAUUCUCGACAGGGAAACCGUACCUGACGAAAACGGCGACCCCCUUCCCGUCUACCAUGCCUCCAUCCUCGAGAACAGUCCUAUAGGCAGCCAAGUGAUCAAGGUGUCCGCCAACGACUCUGACUUUGCCGGGAAUGGGAACGGUCUGAUCCUGUUCGACCUGAAUCAUCUUGGCAAGAUCGAGAAACAGUGGUUCGCCAUCGACAGCAAGGAAGGUGUGAUCACGGUUGUCGGUAAUCUGGACUACGAGAGGCAAAGAAGCCACAGAUUACUGGUAACCGCUAGCGAUCUAGGGUCUCCUGUCAGCCUCACGUCAACAGCGGCGGUGAUCGUCGCCGUGUCGAACGAGGACGACGAGGAAGGGACGGAGAUGGAGAAGGCGCCUUCGUUCAAACACCGUUACUACGAGGUGGAGGUCGAGGAGAACGUGGAGGUGCCCGUGUUGGUCGCCCGGUUGGAGUUGGCCGACAGUGGACACAUACAGGACGAGCAUAUACGGUACAGCAUCGUGGCAGAUGAGACGAAGGCGAGGCAACUCUUCUCCGUCGAUCCUAGGAACGGCUCGUUGUAUCUGAUGACGGACGUGGAUCGGGAGGUGAACGAUCGAUACGAGGCUAAGGUGAGGGUGGACAAGGUGAAGAUCGGAAGAGGGAUGCCGGUCAUGAUUUACCCGGUGGUCGGCGAAAGGCUGAACGGUUUGGCACCUAACGAGGCCAGAGUCGUGGUCAGGGUGAAGGACGUGAACGACAACGCGCCCAGAUUCAAGUCGAAGGGCCGACCCAUCCUUGCCGCCAUACCGACCACCGCCCAUUACGGGUACGAGGUCGUCAAAGUGGAGGCGGAAGACCCGGACGAGGGAGCAAACGCCGAGAUCCGGUAUCAAAUUCUCGGGCGGGAGGACGCGCCACGAUUCGCCAUUGACCCACUGAGCGGUCAAGUACGAUCUGUGGCGAGUUUUGGCCGUGAUGCUGGGCGCGUUUUCGGGUUCGACGUCAAGGCCACCGACAGAAGAGGCGUUGAGAACGGUCGCAGCAGUAUCGCCGAUGUUUGUCGAAAGGUGUACAUCCUGGAUGAUCAGAAGCAGGUGGUGAUGGUGGUUGGUCGAAGGCCCAUAGAUCUCGAGCCUCAACUGGAGAAUAUCACCGCAGUAUUGCACAACGUGACGGGUUUCGACGUUCGAGUGAGGAAGUUAGAGCCACACAUUGAAAAAAAUUUGAUCGACACGACGUCUACCGACGUUUAUCUUUACGCAAUCGAUCCCCAUUUAAACGUUAUGAUAGACAUGGACACGUUGCACAACGUGUUCAACACAAAGAAAACGGAAAUCAAGCGGGAGUUGGACGAGUACGAUGUUCUGGACAUUGCCGGAAGCUCUCCUCGUCAGGGUAAUCAACGUUACCUGCUAUCCACUUUGGAAGUGGCUGUGGUGAUGCUCGGCUGUGUCAUCUUUGUGGGCGCCCUCGUCACCGCCCUUUGUAUCACGUGCGUUCGCAGAAGUAAACGUCGCAGACGUCGGGAGAAAGCGAUGUUCUCGACCACCAGCCCGAUUGGUUUCGCUUUGGCAGAUCCAUCCGCGACCCUCCAGAAGCCGCCAUUGUUCCCGACCUUUGUCGACGGCCUUCACUACGACCCUGAACCGUUCUGCGCCGACAUACCGAGACGGCACAGCAUCUGCGAGCACGGAUCUAAUUGCGCCCGUUUCCACGCGAUGGGCGGUUGUAGUAAGCACGCCGGGAGGACGACGGGGACCCCGAAAGGCCUGGAGGCAUCCGCGACGUCCUUGCAUUCCAGCGGUCAGGAUUCUGGGAUCGUGGCGCGCGCCUCCUGCCACUGCAGUCACUCGUCCAGCCCCUCAAGCGGCGAGAGCAGCAACGGCUACGAGGACUCUCUGAAGUCCCUGCAGCGGCGCGAAAGAGGAAACGAGAUCUCUCGCGGAAUCCACGACACCUCGACGACGACGACGACGAGCAUGGUGGUGGGGAGGCGAGGGACCCAAACGACCAGGAGACGGCAACGAUACAACUCGUUCUCGAACGGUGAAUCGAUGUACUCUCACGAGAUGACGUUGCAGAGGGAGCAGCAACGUUGCUGCAACCUUGGGACCGAGAAGAGGCGGAAGAACGACGGCGGGGUGGGGCGCGAGCAUCGGCGCGCGCAUUCGGAAGCUGAGAACAAUAUCACCGAGACAGUGAUACACGAACAUCCUGGAACCGAGAUCUCGUUGUCCAGCUCUUUGCAGAACACCUCCCCUCUUCACGGUGUAACGAGAUCCACCCACAUGCUGUAUUAACGAGAAAGAAUCUUACGAGAGAAACUUUCAAUGGGGAACAAGGAUUCUUCCUAGCCAUGAGUUUUUCUUAUUGUCCAUACAAUUAUCCAUAGGGGAUACACAUAUAAGAGGUGCAUCUUUUUGCACGAUGAGAUUAAUCCCUUUUAACUUUAUCAGUGCGAGGAUAUUUCUUUAACACGUAGGUUUAAAUUGGAAAGCAGGCCAAAAGAUUUAUUUAAUUUAUUGUAUUAAUUAUCCACGUUACAUUCA